AUGAACCGUGCCAACGCGAUCGCUAAUCAAGUGGUCGCGCCCAAUUCGGUGCACGGUGUCCAGGGGCACGCUUCUGCAAAAGUCGGCGAGAAGAAUGACAACGACGCUGUAAUCUGUUGCACUUUGCGGACGGCCUUGUGCAAAAACAAGAAGGGGAGCUUCAAGGUAGGUUUAUCAAAAAGCGAUAUGCAAAACAAAAUGGAAAGAAGUUGGUUGCAUUAGUACUUCUAGUUUUUCCACCAUCUACUUCAUCAUCGAUAAAGGAUGGAUCUCAUCAAUUUUUCUUAAAACAAAUUCUCAGGACACUCCCCCGGAGGAGCUGCUUGCGGCCUGCUACGAGGCCAUCGUGCAAAAGACGAAAAUCGAUCCGGCGUUGAUCCAGGAUGCGCAGAUCGGGAACGUUUUGCAGGGCGGCGCCGGCGCCAUGGCCGCCAGGAUUGCGCAGUUUAUGGCGAAGUACCCGGCCAACACUUCCGCGGUGGCGGUCAACCGACAGUGCUCCAGCGGGUUGCAGUGCAUCGCCAACGUGUCCGCCGCCAUCACGGCGGGACACUACGACGUGGCCAUCGCUGGGGGCGUGGAGUCCAUGAGCAUGAACAGCAUGAUGGACACGAUCAACCCCAAGAAUUUGUCGGAGAAAAUCUUCGACACGGAGGGGGCGCAGGCCUGCCUCAUUCCCAUGGGCAUCACGUCCGAAAACGUCGCGGCAAAGUACAACAUCCCCCGCGCGAAGCAGGACGCGCUCGCCUUGAGCAGUCACCAAAAAGCGUUGAAGGCACAGGCGGAAGGUAAUUACUACAACAAGGGAUGAUUUUGAUAUAUGAUCAUGUGUUCGGUGAAAUAGAAUCAGUGCGUCGAAUAGUGAGAAACACAUAAUUUUCAGCAACAUGUGUGGACCACGACUGCAGCUCUGCAGCAUCCAUCAGUAUGCGUUUACAACGAUUGCGGAAAUUUUCGUGCGUCAAAAUCGAGUCCUCUGUCAUCAUCUUCUUGAUCAUCGUCUCACAAUACUAUAAACACUAGGUCUCUACGACGAAGAAAUUAUCCCGGUUACGGUGACACUCAAGGACAAGAAGGCUGGCACGGAAAAGCAGAUUACGGUCACCAAGGACGAGGGCCCGAGACCGGGCGUCAAGAUCGAGGACCUGGCAAAGCUCGGACCGGCCUUCCAGAAGGGCGGAACUACAACCGCGGGGAACAGUUCCCAGACGACCGACGGGGCCGCGAUGUGCCUCAUCGCAUCAAGAAAAAAGGCGAAAGAGUACUUAGAUACAGUUUGAAUUUAUUGCUGUUUCCCCAUCACUCAUACUAGGCUCUAACAAAGGUGAGUAUUCAUACAUGGAUGCAGUUCGUAGUUGUGCUGCGAGUAGCUGCAAAUUUAUUAUUUGCAAUUCCGAACGGUACAAAAAAACUGCAGACUCGGACUUCCAAUCGUUGGCAAGAUGAUUUCUUUCGCCGUAGAGGGUUGUCCCCCGGACAUCAUGGGAAUCGGCCCAGCUGUUGCUAUUCCGUCAGCGCUGAAAAAGGCAGGACUCACCGUGAACGAUAUCGACAUUUUCGAAGUCAACGAGGCCUUCGCCAGUCAGGCGACCUACUCUGUCGAACACCUCGGUAUUCCGGCCGCAAAACUGAAUCCCAAGGUAAGCACUUCAUAUACGCUUUGGAAUUCGUAUAUAUGAUAUUGCGGUCCUGGCGCAGCUAUAUAUAUAUUCAUGGUCGGAAAACCAGGAGCUUCUUGCCGUUGCGUACACGUACUUUGCGUCCUUUAUUGUGGAUCAUCAUGAUCAUACUAGAACUAGAUGUGUACACUCAGCAAAAGAACAAUACAUUCACCAGGUCGAUGAUCACACGUUCAAUGAUAGAUUGAUUGGUGCUUCAAAACAAAAAAUAGGGCGGCGCGAUUGCACUUGGCCACCCAUUGGGCGCCACGGGAGCACGAAUGUGUGCGACACUGAUGCCAGAGUUGAAGAGACAAAACAAAAAAUUGGGCGUAAUCUCGAUGUGCAUCGGCUCUGGCAUGGGCGCGGCCGGGGUUUUCGAGCGUGAAUACUAGGGCUUGAUUCUGCAAAUUCAUAUGUUGUACCUGCUCCACAUCUUUUGUGGCGUUUUUUUGUGGUUUGCAGUGCUACUUUUUAACAAGAAAAAGCCCCGACUGAAACUUCUUUUCCGCAGAGCACAGACACAAUUGCGCAUGGGUAACAGAAUCGCCAUAACCAGGAUGGCCUGACUUCAUUAUCCUGUCAACUUUGACAUCAAGAUCAACGUAAAGAAAAAGAUAGUGUGAGGGUAGUAUCUAAACCCGAAGACAUCACAAUUUAUUUUCAAAGACAUUGACAUCACCAACGGAAUUAGUAUCAAUAACAAUCACUCCGGGGAGGGUUUUUUUCAUAGCCACGACAGACCUUUUUUUUUUGUGUAUCACAACUACUUUUUGCAAAAGUGAAUUUUCCACCUUUUCCCUGUGUGGCCAGAGCCGCACUCUCGAUGGGCGCAGCCUUUUGUUACGACCUAUUUUUUGCACCGGAGCAUGGUUUCAAUUUCAAUUCACAGAUUUGACCCCGAGAUAGACUUCGCAAUUUUUGAUGCGACCUUCACCCUGCCCUUGACAUGUUAUUUAUCACUACACGGCGCAUGGAAAACUUCUAGAAUGUUUAAGGGAACUAAACAAGUACAGGAAUAGCUGGUCGCGUUUCAGUUGAAAAAAACACACCUCACGUCAGCCCGCCCUGUGGGUGGUGCAGCUUCGUUGCUAGUUCUUACGGGAAAUGUGAACACGUAAAACAACUAUGGGUCAUAAACUACUCGGAGGGCACGACCGAGCAUGCUUGCUUGAUUUCUUAGCGGAAUCAAGUAAGAUGUCGUCUGGAAACGCCGCAU